CACACAGCUUGAGAGACAAUCACCAUGGGCAGAAUCAUCUUCUACGAGGACAGGAACUUUCAGGGUCGCUCAUAUGAGUGUAUGAGCGACUGUCCUGAUAUGUCCUCCUACAUGAGCCGCUGCCAUUCCUGCAGAGUGGAGAGCGGCUGCUUCAUGGUUUACGACCGUCCAAACUACAUGGGAAACCAGUACUUCAUGAGGAGGGGCGAGUAUGCUGACUACAUGAGUAUGUUUGGAUGGAAUAACUGCAUCAGGUCCUGCCGUAUGAUCCCAAUGCACACUGGGUCUUUUAGAAUGAGGAUCUAUGAGAGGGAGCACUUCGGAGGCCAGAUGCAUGAGCUGAUGGACGACUGUGACUCCAUCAUGGACCGUUACCGCAUGUCCAACUGCAUGUCCUGUCACGUGAUGGACGGUCACUGGCUCAUGUACGAGCAGCCCCACUACAGAGGCAGGAUGUAUUACUUCGGGCCUGGAGAGUACAGAAGCUUCAGCAACAUGGGAUUCAGCAACAUGAGAUUCAUGAGCAUGAGGCGUAUCAUGGAUCCCUGUUAA